GACCACGAGGCAAAAUAUCCUGCAAUUCUAGAUGAAAUAGCAUUAAUAGUGCGGCUCUGCCCGCAUUGUGGGGGCCCAGUUAUGUGUGCUGAUGUGUUGAUGUUGGGGGUCCAUAAUCUUUAGUUCGAUGACGAACAAAUCUCAUGGCUAGGCAUUAGCAGUCGGUGAAUGAGCUCCAUUUCAAUCGCAGACGUCACUACGGCCGCUCGCUAGAAUUUUUGUUCUUCCUCCUCCGUUACAAAAUCUUCAACUCGAUCUUGGCUUCUGCUGUUCGACAUAUCUCCAUCGACCCACGAACCACCACCCUUGUCAGACUCGGAACUUGUUUGCUCUCUUUGCACCCCAUCUUCUAUUGUAAUCUUCUGCCAUGGAUGAACCCAUUAAUGUGCUCCAGAUUUUGGAGAUUGCUGCUGGGAUUGGAAGCAGCCAUGGCAUCUUGAUCAAUAUUCCUCCCGGCCAUGUGCAAGACGGCACCAGAUACUCGACCUACAAGAGCGAAGACAGUGCAGAUUCCAAUCGUGCCAAGUUGAACAGCAUUUAUCUGAAUCUCCCAAAGUGGAUCGAGCCUGAGGAAGAGGAUUGUGAGCAAACCGAUGUCGAACAGAACCAUGGCAAGGACAUGCAGAACGAUAGCGAGGACGACAGGGCUUCGAAGCACGUAUCAGACAAUCAACUACACCACAGACGUCCUUCGGGAUGGAUUUCAUACAAGACCUUGCUCCAACGAGUCCAGGCUGAAGCACCGGUGGUUGAAGCUUUGAUGGCUAUGCACAGAACCGAUAUCGUCCUCCUGUAUACCGAUAACGAUGCGGAUGGAAUCCACUGGUUUUGGACAAUAAUUUGUGCUGGAGGUGUUCCGUGUCUUUGUACCAAGCUUCCGGAGGAUCCUGUCCAACGUACGAAGCAAAUUGUCAAUUUGAAGGAAACUCUGAAGGAACCCCUCAUUCUCACUUCGAAGAAUUUGGAGGCUCAAUUCAAGGAUUUAGAUGUUGAUGGUCUCAAGCUCUGGACCUUUGGUCAGAUUGACAAGAGCAGACGUCGCAUUCUACCGCAUCGUCCGUACCCCGGCAUGGGCCCUGGCAAUUUCCACGGCUUCGAAGGGCUGUCUCUGUAUUUUCCUGGGCACCUCAAGCGUCCACAGAGCCUCGCCGUCCUCAUGCUCACCUCUGGCAGCACUGGCAACCCAAAGGCUGUUUGUUUGACUCAUGAUCAGAUCAUCAGUUCUCUCAAAGGAAAGAGCGAGCUUCAUGCAACCACUUCUAAGGAUGUCUUUCUAAAUUGGACCGCUCUUGAUCACGUUGCACAUCUGCUCGAGAUACACCUCCAUGCAGUCUAUGUAGGAGCCAACCAAGUCACUAUUCCAACUGCGGCGGUUCUCAGUAACCCAGUCGCCUUCCUAGAAAGAAUCAGUGAUUACAGCAUCAGCUACACAUUCGCACCAAAUUUCUUCCUUGGCCUCUUGGUUCAGAAGUUCCCAGAUUUCGCCAACGAUUUGCCAGAUGUUCAUGAUUUUGAUCUGUCUUCCCUUCGGUGCUUGAUCUCAGGCGGAGAAGCCAAUCUUGUCGAAACUUGUGUGAAGUUGACGCAGCAACUGUACCCCUUCGAAGUCCCGAUGUCCUGCAUCCGUCCUGGCUUCGGAAUGACGGAGACAUGUGCAGGUUCGAUCUACAAUCCGUUCGACUGCCCACAUUACGAUGUCCAACAACGAAACCAGUUUGCUUCUCUCGGUUUUGGUAUCAAGGGUAUCAGUAUGCGAUUCUCCGAAAGCGACGAGUUGGAAAUAUGUGGUCCUGUUGUCUUCAAGGGUUACUAUAACAACGAGAGCGCCUCACGUUCCGCAUUCACUGAAGAUGGCUGGUUCAAGACGGGGGACAUUGGUCACUUUGAUGAGAAUGGCAGAUUGAAUCUUACGGGUCGGGACAAAGAUUUAAUCAUUGUCAACGGAGUCAACCAUCAGCCGCAGGGCAUUGAGAAUGCAAUUGAUGACACCAAUGUCCCUAGCGUAACUCCAACAUUCACCACUGUCUUUGGAAUCCGUCAGCCUGGCUCAAACACUGAGUCCAUUGUCGUUGUCUACCUCCCAGAGGGACAAUCGAAUGAUGCAUCCACCCGUGUUGCUGCCAGUGCAUCAAUCAGCAAGGCUGUGGUCACUUAUUGUGGGGUACGUCCCUACAAGAUUGUCCCUCUGGACGAGGGUCAAUUGAAGAAGACAUCGCUUGGAAAGAUCUCUCGAUCCAAGCUACAAAAGUCCUUCGAGAAUGGGGACUUGGACAAGUACAUCCAGCAAGAUGCCGAAAUCAAUUCUGGUUUCAUGUCGUCAAUGUACCAACCGGCCGGUACAUUGACAGAAGAGGCUGUUUUGCGUGUGUUUGUGGAGCGUUUUGGUGCCGUGGGACAUUCGAUUGGUGUCAACCACGACAUUUUCGAUCUUGGCAUGAGCUCAUUGGACAUCUUGGGCAUCAAAGUGGACCUUCAGAAGUCUUUAGACGUGCUCGACAUUCCAGUCACUACCUUCUUCUCGUACCCUGUCAUUGUCGAUUUGGCUGCCGCCCUCGACAAGAUGCCAAAGGUUUCUGGCCGACAAAUCACCACCGAGAUAUCCCCUGACUCCCAGGACAUUCGAAAGAGCCUAUUUGGAGACGAAGAAAGCGGCAAGGUUGCCUAUGAUCCUGUGGUCGUGCUCAACCCAAAUGGCACCAAGACCCCUAUCUUCUUCAUCCAUCCAGGCGUUGGCGAAGUCAUGAUCUUCUUGAACAUCUCUCGCUACAUCAAGGACCGUCCAGUCUACGCUCUGAGAGCUCGUGGAUUCAAUGGAGAGCCCUUUCACACUUCUUUCAACGAGAUCGUCACUACGUACCUCGCCGCUAUCCGUAAAGUCCAGCCUAAUGGUCCUUACUCAUUCGUUGGCUACUCGUUCGGAUCUAUCGUUGCAUUCGAGAUGACCAAGUACCUCCAGUACAUCGGUCAAGAAGUCAAGUUCUUAGCUACGAUCGACCAACCCCCUCUCUUCAAGGAGCGUGCCAAGAGUUACGAUUGGUUUGAGUGCGUCCUCACCUUGGCAUUCUUCUUGGGCUUCAUGGAAGAGAAGAAAGCCUACGCUGUUCUCCCUAUCAUGCGUCGCCAUCAACAGCACGAAGUCCUCGAUUACAUCUUCGGGCAAGCACCGGCGGAACGCGUCCAAGAGCUCGGCAUGGACCGUGAGAAGCUGGCUGAUUGGGCUCGACUCGCUCUUCAACUCAAGAAGUGUAUCUCAGAGUGGGAUCCUAAGGGCAAGGUCAAGCAUAUGGAUGUCUUCUACACCGGUCCGUUGAUUGGUUUGGUCGAGGCUGAGAAUAUGAAGGAGUGGUUGGAGGAGCAUCUCAUGGUUUGGAGUAAUUAUGUCGAGAAGGGUUGUGCCAAGUAUCAUGAGGUUGGUGGUACGCAUCGUACGUUGAUUAGCCCUCCUCAUCUGGUUGGAUUCUGGAAGGUCUUCAAGAAGGUCAUGGACGAGCGUGGAUUGUGAGUAAAGGUUGGUUGGUGUUGUUGGAGUAUUUUACGAAAAUUUCUUUCACGCGGUCUUUCUGAGUGGCGUUCUUGCUUCGAUUUCAUCGUGGGGGCGUCAAAAAGAACGAUAGAUGAGAAGACGAUGGAACUUGAUUCUGGGGCGUUCUUUUCGGGUUCACCACAGACCUGAGUGCUGGUUUCGCAGCAGUAGAUUCAGCUCCUUGCAUUUUAUUGGAUUUCUG